UGUUUUUUGACAGAUAAUGUAAAAAUGUACAAUACUUCGAUAAUAUUAAUAGGAAUACGUGUGUAACAAAUAAGAAUGUGCAAGAACUGCACGAUCUGAUCCACAUGCGUGACGGACUGUGAAUCUUUUGAAAAUAUAAUAACAUAAGUUAUUUCAAAAGCUUCUUGCGAAAAAAAUGGAUAUGUACAGAUCUUUUCCAGUGGACUUUCUAGCUGGAGGUCUAUCCGCGGCGAUUGCAAAGACUGCAGUCGCUCCUUUAGAGAGAGUGAAACUAUUGCUGCAAGUGCAGCACACUUCGAAACAAAUUAAACCUGAGGCUCGAUAUAAGGGUAUGCUAGAUGCGUUCGUACGUAUACCUAAGGAAACGGGAUUUCUUAGUUACUGGAGAGGCAAUCUCGCUAACGUAAUCCGAUAUUUUCCAACUCAAGCGCUCAAUUUCGCGUUUAAAGAUAAAUUCAAGACCCUGUUCUUGGGAGGCGUUCCACCGGACGCAUUCUGGCGACAGUUCAUUGGAAAUUUAGCGGCCGGCGGUGCCGCCGGUGCGACAUCGCUUUUAUUCGUCUAUCCGCUUGACUUUGCCCGUACUAGAUUGGCCGCCGAUAUCGGAAAAGGAGACAAACGAGAGUUUAAAGGUAUAACUCACUGCAUAUUAAAGAUAUUCGAAUCAGACGGAUUGUUUGGGCUGUAUCGUGGUUUCAACGUCAGUGUGCAAGGGAUUAUUAUAUAUCGAGCAGCGUACUUUGGAUUUUAUGAUACUGUGAAGGGUACGCUACCUGAUCCGAAGAGCACACCGUUGUAUGUGAAUUUUAUAAUUGCCGAGAUAGUAACAACGAUAGCGGGUAUUGUGUCCUAUCCCUUCGAUACAGUCAGGAGACGAAUGAUGAUGCAAUCAGGCCGAAAAAAGACCGAUAUGAUGUAUAAAAAUACAUUGGAUUGUUGGAUAAAAAUAUCAAAGACUGAAGGACCUGGAGCUUUUUUUAAAGGUGCAUUCUCUAACAUUCUUCGUGGCACCGGUGGUGCUCUCGUUUUGACGUUGUACGAUACAGUUAAGGAAUCAAUCGAAAAAACAAUCUCGAAAAAUUUGUGAAAUUUUAAAAAUUUCAUAAAUCUUACUGAUAUAUAAGAGAUUGUCUUAUAAAUGUGUAUGAUUAAGAGAAUUGUGUUUAAAUUUAUGUACAUUUAUAUAUAGUG